AUGUCCUGGUUCUUGUGCUUGUGGAUUAGCGUUAGCUUCCUGCUCCUGUGCCAGGCGACUCUGUACGAGACCAUCCAGCAACACCACGUGCCCCGGCCCGGCCGCAACGCCAUUCAGAUCCUCGAGGGAGGCACGUGUGAGGUCAUCGCAGCCCAUCGGUGUUGUAAUAAGAACAGGAUCGAGGAGCGGUCCCAGACAGUGAAGUGCUCUUGUCUACCGGGGAAAGUAGCUGGGACAACACGCAACAAACCUUCCUGUGUGGAUGCAUCCAUCGUGAUUGGGAAGUGGUGGUGUGAGAUGGAGCCUUGCCUGGAGGGAGAGGAGUGUAAGACGCUGCCUGACAACUCUGGCUGGAUGUGCUCCUCUGGAAACAAGAUCAAAACCACAAGGAACACCCAGCCAUACUCCCCUUUUUAG